GGAAAGCGCCCAUUGGUUAAAUGGAACACAUGUUCCGGUACUCUGUGAUAUAGGAGGCCUCGUGUGCAGCUAGUCCAGAAAAAUAACAGUAGGAAUUUAGGUGAAAAUGUCGUGGUUAUUUGGAUAUCGAGAUAACCAACCUCCCCCACAAGCACCACAGAUCCCCAUACCUCCUGCCGAAGGUGGUGGCGGCGGUGGUAGCGAUGAUAAAAGUACGAGAAAGGCAAUGGAGGCUUACCGGUUUGAUUCCUCUGCUUUGGAGAGGGCCGCUCAAGCUGCAAAAGAUCUAGAGAGAUCAAAAUUUGCAAAGGAAGCUUUGGAACUUUCCAAACAUCAGGAGCAAACAAAACAACAGGAAUAUUUUGCAAAAAUUAAGGAAUAUGAAGCACAUAUUGAGCAUAACAAGGUUGAACAAAAGAGGGUGGAAGGUGAUGAGAAACGCAAGAACAUGCAGGAGGAUACGAAACAAAGCCAGCUUCGUGCUCAGUAUCAAGAUCAGUUAGCUCGGAAAAGGUAUGAAGACCAGCUUCAGCAACAGCAGCGAAUGAAUGAUGAGAAUCUUCGGCGUCAAGAGGAGUCGGUAGCAAAGCAGGAAGCGAUGCGGAAGGCUACCAUCGAGCAUGAGAUGGAUCUGAGGCACAAGAAUGAGAUGAAGAAAGUAGAAGCAGAGCUUCAUGCGAAAGCAAAAGUGGACCGAGAAAACCAAGACCUGACAUUGGAACAGAUCAGGCUUAAGGCUGCAGAGAACAGGGUCACUGUUCUGGAGUCGAUCAAAACAGCUGGGUCAGUGCUAGGUACUGGAGUACACACUCUUCUGGCAGACUGGGACAAGAUUCUUGCAGCAGCUGGUGGUAUAUCCCUGCUUGCCCUUGGGGUCUACUCCGCCAAAGGGACAACAGGAGUAGCAGCCAGAUACAUAGAAGCCAGACUCGGUAAACCCUCACUGGUGCGCGAAACAUCUCGAUUCUCUCUGAUCGAGGUUUUAAGGCACCCGGUAUAUUCAGUGCAGAAGGUGUUCUCCAGGUUCAGGUCACAUGAUGCCCUCUCUGGUGUAGUCCUUGCUCCCAAGCUGGAGGAACGACUGCGGGAUAUUGCAAUAGCGACAAAGAACACGAAGAGGAAUCGUGGAAUGUACAGGAAUAUCUUGAUGCAUGGUCCCCCUGGUACUGGCAAGACAAUGUUCGCAAAGAAACUGGCAACACAUUCUGGCAUGGAUUACGCAAUCAUGACAGGCGGCGAUGUGGCCCCGAUGGGGCGUGAAGGGGUGACGGCAGUCCAUAAAGUGUUCGACUGGGCUGGCACGACACACAAAGGACUUCUUCUGUUUGUUGACGAGGCUGAUGCUUUCCUACGUAAAAGGAGUUCUGAGACUAUUAGUGAAGAUCUUCGUGCCACCCUGAAUGCCUUCCUGUAUCGCACAGGUGAACAGUCAAACAAGUUUAUGCUAGUUUUGGCUUCUAAUACUCCAGAACAGUUUGACUGGGCUGUUAAUGAUCGCCUGGAUGAGAUGGUAGAAUUCAGCCUCCCAGGGCUUGAGGAACGUGAGCGUUUAGUUCGCCUCUACUUCGACCAGUUUGUACUUCAACCGGCUACGGAAGGAAAAAGUGAUUAUUGUACAGGCGGCUAAAGCUGGCACAGUUCGACUACAGCUUGCUGUGCACCGAGAUCGCCAAGCUGACAGAAGGAAUGUCAGGACGAGAGAUUGCCAAGCUAGGUGUCGCGUGG